UGAUCAUAGCGCCAAGUUCAGGGUGAACCCGUGGACGGAACUGAGGCCGAGCGUGUAAUACCAACUCUUCCAUGCAAGAUACCGAUCUUUAAACAACCCCUCCCCCCCAAAGAUCAUUGCAUGUCUUUGACGCUAGGAUCCUGCAAUGAGAUUCAUGGCCAAGAUCGUAUCUAGGUACAGCAUCUAGCGCGGGGCAUUAGCUGAUCGACACAAUUACCGAGGUUGAUUAUCCCCACACAUAUGAAUCCUGACUCCGCACAACCAAGAUCGCAUAUAACAAGCGCACGAUCUCCCCAACCCAUCCAAUCCUCUCAAUUUUGGUACCCAGAUCCACACCACCCCCCAACAUCAACACCGCAACAAUGGAAAAAGCAUGGGCACAAGUGGUGGAGACCUACUCACCCGCAACCAUCGAAUUCGGCGGCACGCUCUUCAUCCAAGCGAUGUUUUUCUGGCUCACAGCGUUCCUCUACCUCGCCGUCGAUAUUCUACUCCCCAGCUUCGCCGCGCGCCACAAGCUCCAACCACCCCCCAAGCAACCAACGACCGCAGACAUCAUCCACUGCGUCAAAGUCGUUGCCGGCAACCAGGCCAUCUCCACCGGCUUCCACCUCGCGCUCCUCCACCUCGUCAAGCGCGGGGAAUCCUCUUUCCGCAUCCCAACAUCGCUCCCCACGCUCCCCGAAAUGGCAAGAGACAUCGUCCUCUGCCUGCUUAUGCGCGAGGUCAUGUUCUACUACAGCCAUCGCCUCCUACACACGCCUAGGUUCUACGCGCCCAUCCACAAGCAACACCACCGCUUCGUGGCGCCCAUCGCGCUCGCCGCACAAUUCGCCCACCCAAUCGAGCACAUUGUCGCAAAUGUGCUGCCCGUCUCGCUGCCGGGGCAGAUCCUGCACUCGCAUAUUCUGACGUUCUGGGCGUUUGUGGCGCUGGAGCUGGUCGAGACGGCGACUGUGCAUAGCGGGUUUGAUUUCUUCGGUGGACGCGCUAAAAUGCAUGAUUCGCAUCAUGAGAAGUUCAAUUUGAACUAUGGAGUGUUGGGGCUUUUGGACUGGGCGCAUGGGACUGAUAAGUUGAAGUCGCGGGAUGGGAAAAUUAGACAGGAGUGAUUUAUAUUCUUGUGCUUU